GUCGGAGUGCAGAACAGUCGCGUAUAGAUGCGGUUUGGUCAUUGUUCGAGUAUUUUAACUCUGCUGAGAAAGACCCUGAUAACAUUUAUGGCUGGCCACCGGUUCCAAUAGUUGGAAAUCAAUCGGGACGUAGUGUUUUUCCUUACAAAUGCUCGAAUAAGGGCCUACGAGAAAGAACAUAGAUGCGAACACUGUAUGAUAAUUAUUAAGAAAUAUUAUAUGUAAUAGUUCAUGGCACGAUACUGUAUAUAGAAUGUUUCUUUGUUUCUGUAUUUUAUAAGGAUACUUAAUCAAUUCUACAUUGAUUAUUGUGCCUAUUGGUCCAGUCUUGCUCGUUUCAAAUCACCAGGCUUGCAGGUAACGGACACCCAGAUUGCCAUAUUUAUAUUCCAUGAAUCGAUUCUCCAAAUUUACAGGUGAUAACUCGAACGAUUAGCACCAAACGAAAAACAGCAUCGAGAGAAUAAGACGGAUAUCGAGGCGACAACGGCGCAUCCAAUGAGCAUCCAAUUCAGAAGCUACAAAUGCAAAUCCAGCUUGCAACGAGAUCUCAUGAGAAAGAACAAGAAAAGUUUAACGUCCAAGUGACCUACUACCAAAUAAUUCAAGCCGAAACUACAAAGUCUGCCCUGCUCCGAUACAAGAACCGGUAUCGCGACCAACGGUACGCUCGAGCACGUGGCUGUUCGAAACACAACAACCGCUUAACCCAGUGAAGGAAGAAGACAAAAACCAAGUAUCCCAAAAAUUGCGAAAGAAACACGCAACAACAGAGAAAAAAUGUCAAAAAAAAAAUCACCGACUCGAUUCGCUGCGAAUCGAUACAACCGAACAACCUCCAGUUCCCCGAUAGCACGAAUUCAAUUAUUCCCACAUCGGUGCCGUCGCCGAGAAGUAUAAAAAAAAAAGAAUGAAUCCCAAAGCGAUCCCACCGACGGCCAACACCUUCGACGAAAGCAGAAAGCUCUGGCCGGCGCGACGAGGGUUAAGAAUCGGCGGUCGCGCACGUGGCUCGGUUACAGGCCAUUUCCGGGGAACGUCGCCCUUGGCUUGCGACAAGGUAGCCUCUCCUUGGCUCGUAGGUGUACGAUCCGACCUCUUAACCAUCCGGCAAGUGUCAUUAGUAGCUAUGGGCGGGGCCUGGGUGGCGAUACGUGGUUACAGGGAGCCGCGGUUGUGUUGCAGCGCUCGCGGCGCGGCUCGUCAGGUUUCCACCUGAAGGGUGCAGCAUGACGCAAGCUUCGGAAGAGUGUGCGCGACGUCGCGUCGCUGCGGGCGUGACCUGUCGCGCGAGGUCCGCGCGCUAUUGGACGACAGGUUGUGUCGUGGGCGGAGCUGUUACGCCCGCAACUCGGCGCAAGCUCUCGCGCCCUCUUUCUCGCUCCUCUUCCCACCAGCGACGUUUGUCUCGCUCCCCCCCACAGGGCUCGACGCGCGGCUCACGUUACAAACCCGGUACAGUCCGGUCUAGUCUGUCGUUCGGUCACGAACCAGUCGUUUAGCUGUCUGCUUGCGACCCCCGCGUGAUUCGAGCGAUCGAAGGGAUCCCGUAACAGCUGGUCCACGCGAGAGUCCGAGCCCCCGGAGUUGUUGACACGCACGUGCGCGCGCGUGAGCUCUCCCUCGUACCGACGUACGCGUACACCGAGCUCGCCGGGGCCAACUCCUCCGUGUCCACAUCUCGCUACCCUCGGCCGCGGUCCUCUUUUUCGCAUGCCGCGAUCCGGUUAGACGCGAACGAAUGCCUUGGUGCCCCGAUCGUGACGCGUGUCGGGGACGAGUCGCGCGAUGGACGAUGAUCAGCCGCGGAAUAUGACUGUUCCGCGGUUGCGUGCCGCCGGCUUGUUGUUACUUGGUGCGGAAAGGUGAACUUGGUGGUGCACAGAACGUUACGGCAGUGCGUGUGGUCCACGAACGGAAGAGGAGGAACAAGAAGAAAGGGUGGAGGAAAUAGGGUGUUUGAGAAAGAAAUAGGAGGAAAAAGGAGAGGGAAAUGAUGCCGUAUCAGGUGGCCAUGGAUUAUGGGGGCUUUCAGCGACAAAGCCCGGUCGGGGUCGGUGUCGGUGUCGGCGUCGAUGUCGGCGGACCCCAUCAGGGGGCCGCUGGGGCGCUCAGCAUCAACCCCGCGUUCACGCACUCCUGGUUCGUACCGGCGGACCUCUGUGUCCCGUACAAACAGAGUCAGGGUCCUCUCCUCGAGCCAGGCAUCCUCGAGCUGCGCAAGGAGAAGAGCAGAGACGCCGCCAGGUCUCGAAGGGGGAAGGAGAACUUCGAGUUCUACGAGUUAGCGAAAAUGCUGCCAUUACCGGCGGCUAUUACCUCCCAGUUGGACAAAGCCUCCAUAAUAAGGCUAACCAUCUCGUACCUCAAACUUCGGGAAUUCUCGGGUCACGGAGACCCGCCAUGGAAUCGGGACGGGUCGCCGCCGAAUAAAUCUGUCAAAACUGUAUGUCUAGCGAGGUCGUCAGCAUCCGCUGCGGUGGACCACUUCGAAGUACACCAAGGAACCCACAUACUUCAAUCGCUGGAUGGGUUCGCGAUGGCGGUCGCCGCUGAUGGACGGUUCCUGUACAUAUCCGAGACCGUCUCAAUUUACCUUGGACUCUCACAGGUAGAAAUGACGGGAUCAAGCGUUUUCGAUUACGUUCAUCAGCAAGACCACGCGGAGGUCGCCGAACAGCUAGGCCUCGGAUUGACCUCGAGUAAUUCUUCCGGUCCGCACUCGUCGAGCUCAGGAUUAGCGUCGCCAAGUAGCGCAGCGUCCGAAGAACAUGGCUCGUCUUCCACAGCGAAUCCCGACGUGUCCUCGGUAAUGGCGUUAUCAUCGACUGGCCUUUACAAAGGAUACGAUCGAGCGUUCUGCGUCAGGAUGAAAUCCUCGUUGACGAAAAGGGGUUGCCAUUUUAAGUCUUCUGGUUAUAGGGUCGUACUGUUACUGUGCCGUUUGAGACCGCAGUAUACGUUUAGCCAUACAAGAAAGUCUGCGCCACCUUUGAUGGGUAUGGUCGGUUUGGCGAUCGCACUUCCUCCGCCAAGUGUGCACGAAAUUCGUCUCGAAACCGACAUGUUCGUCACCCGAAUUAACUUCGACUUUCGGAUAGCACAUUGCGAACCAAAAGUAUCCGAAUUAUUAGACUAUACAGCCGACGAAUUAACGGGGAAGAAUCUUUAUACGUUGUGCCAUGGAGAGGAUGCAAACCGUCUUCGAAAGUCUCACAUUGACUUGAUUCACAAGGGUCAAGUGUUGACACAUUAUUAUAGGCUGAUGAACAAAAGCGGAGGAUACACGUGGUUGCAAACUUGCGCGACCGUGGUGUGCAACACUAAAAACGCCGAAGAACAAAAUAUCAUUUGUGUCAAUUACGUCAUAAGUGGUCGGGAAUAUGAGAACUUAAUAAUGGACUGCUGCCAACUGGAAGACGGUGUAAUGGGUGUCAAGCGUGAGGACGCCGCUGGAAAUGAUCCAGAAAAUGGAUCACCGGAUGCCGACAGAGGAGAAGGUAGAAGCCGCGGUGGACCGCCUAAUCAGCAUCAGGAACAUUCGCACAGGUCUCCCCCCGAGGACCGCGAGGACGCCCGAGGCUCCGAGAGCGAGAAACGGAGCAACAGACACCACGACAACAUGGCGCAGUUGCAGCAAGAGCCCCAAACAGCCGUGGGGAACAUCAGCACCCUCGUGGUGAAGCUACGCGGUCACAAACGGAAAAUCCAAGAGGAAGACAGCAGCUCGAACGAGGAGGAGGAGGACGAGGAGGACGCGACGUCGGCGAAGGUCGGGAACAGCGAGAGGAAUCACGCUCUCAGCCCGGCCCCGUCGAAUCAUUCCAUUUCAGGGACCGAUCAGGCACUCUGUUCGACCAGUCCCAAGUCCAGACGGGUGGAGGACAGAACGACCAAGGCGGACACGACGGGUACGUCCGUGAAAGAUCUGGAGCAGGCGAUGUCGAAGCACCUGCCGGUAACGAACCUGAACAAGUCGCAUUCCCCGACGCUGCACCAACCUACCGACUUCAGCACGGACGCGUUGCUGAAGCAGCAGCAACAGAGGAGCACGAUACAGUGGAUCGGUGCCCACCACCACCUGGGCCAUCUGAGUCCUCAACAAUCGGCCACCGCGCCCUUACCAGCAUCAGCCCUCCUGAGGCAGUUGUACGCCAACAGGGAGAGCGUGAUACGCGCGAACGUCCACGGUAUCACUUCCAGCGGUACCACUCGCACCUCGUCUUCGGGUGGCACCUAUUACACCGGGGACACCACGCCCAGCGGACCUCUACCCACGCCACCUGGCUCGGAGGGUUCCAGCACCUACGGGGAGCAUCAGUUCGUGUUGGUCACGCACAACCAGAAAGGCUCCACGGGGACCAGUUGCGCGGACGCUUUCACGAGUCUGGUUUCGUCGUACACCACCGCCGGCGGUUACACGGUGGACUAUCACUCGGCUAUGACGCCGCCGUCGUCCGUCUCGCCGCGGGACAAGCAACAACAGCAGCAGCAGCAACAGCAACAGCUGCACCCGGUGAACGUGAUAAGUAACUACGAGGGCUCGACGGCCUACGCCGAUCCCGUGCUACGCCAUCAGUACGAGCCGGCGCAACCGUUACCUUUGAAACCACAAGUGUAUUCAGCCGCCGUUCAUCCGAGCGCGUUGGACGCCGCGGCGGCGUACGCGUCGGCGGGACUGACAGAGCAAACGCAGUUCUAUCAUCAUCCGGCGGCUGGUGCCGGCUUUCACAUCUACCAUCCGACUAACAAGUCGACGACGAACGGCUGGUACAGUUCGACGUCCUAGUGGCGUGAUCCCGUGCGCGAGACACGUGUACUUAAGUAACUGAAAUCGAGCCCAAAGUCUCCCACUCCCAACCCCCUCCCCCCUUACAUGCAUAUCAGUGAUAUCGUAUUCACCUCGACGUCUCUGUGCCGAUCCCUGUGUCCCCUUUCUUCCUGUCUACGCGGUUCUCUCUUUUUCUUUGCGUUCCUCUUUUUUUUUUUUAUUAUUAUUUUUAUUUUAUUUUACGCUCAGGAGGAAGCGACCUUGACGCGAGCUCCUUGGUCCUCGUGUGAAUUUGGUGGGAUAUCGUCUACUAAUGGUCGUUUAGUUUUCUAAUUGCCAUGGCGAUGGUUUUAAUGAGACGUCUCGAAGUACGUCGAAGGGGGCAGAUUUGUAUUUUGGAGCAGACGACAAUGAUUCAUUGUUCUUAAGUUUCAGGAUCUCGUUCUGGUAUAGGGUAAAACCAUGCUUCCACGUCAAAAUUUAAUUAAUGCGUUGCGUAUGACGAACAUUUUCGACGGAGUUCCUAGGUUAUCCUGUGGGAUUCUUAGUAAAGUGUUCCUCAUUAAGAUAAUAAUUCCCUUAAUGGCAAGAAGUAGCAGCAAGUAUUUAGCUUGGUAUUUAGCUAGUAAUAAACAUUCAUCCAAAGAUUCAUUGAAAUCAGAACCUACCAGUUUAUGGUACGUCCAUGUUAGUUGCGCGGAACGAAGGCUGACUAAAAUGUCUGGCCCUAUACUGACCCUAUACCACUGUUACUACCAAGACUGAUCCUUCUUUCUGCUUAGGCUAUAUUUAGUAGACAAUCGUAGUUUGAAGAAUUAAUUCAGGUUGAACAGGUCUAUUCAGUCCUUCACGAAAAGAGAAAUAUUGAAAACAAAUGGAAACUUGACUUGAAAUCAAUGAAAACCAUCUAUCAAUUUCCUCUAAUCCUCUAAAUUAAAAUUAAAUUAUGCCAUAUUCACAUUUGCUGUGAUGCUAAAUUUAUUAGAUGUUCUUUAUGAAUUUUUGUAAACAUACGCAAUGUACGAAUUAAUGAUGGGUUGAAAAUAUGCGGUAACCGUUCCCCUGUAACACGCUUCAGGAUCAUUAAAAUCAACGAGGUCGUUAGCACGGUAAAUAAUUACCAUUGUUCUCAAACAUUUAUGCGUAAUUAAUUGGAAUUUAAGUGAUUUUCAACCAAUACACAGGGAAGUUUGAUGCCUUGUACAGCUAUUAAUUAUAUAACAUAAUUUAACGAAGGUGGCAAUACUAUUUCUGUACAGUUACUUACACUAUUUUCAUUUAAUAGUAUUUAAUAUAAAGAAUUUUCUUACAAGAGUCGCUAGGAUUUUAUUUUUUAGUAACUGUCGAGAAACAAAAUUUUGCAACCCCUUCUGGGAAAAUCUUUAUACAUAUGACAAUGCUUUUUACUUUGUAUACCUUUAAGCUAUAUAGAUGAAAAUAUCUUUCAACAGUUUGAUCAUUUAUUCAAAAAAGCGUACUCUGGUAUAUAUUAGUUCCUGUCGCAAUAAUAAUUGUAAUUAGUAAUUAGAUGCGGAUGUAAAUAAAUAAAGGUAUCGUAAAUAACCGUACACGAGUAAUAUGGCAACGUUCAAAUCGGUGUCGUUAAUUGAAAAUUAUAAAAUACAUCUGAAUAUUAUAAUCAAUCCUUAAGUAGACACCUGAGGUUAUUAUAGACCUUCCACUAUAGCGUAUUAUGUGCUACUCACUGAUGUAGAUUAACUAUAUUUUAAUUAAUUCGAAAAGAGUUAAUUUCUCCAUUUACCGAACAAAGGAUAAGAAAGAGUCAAACAGAAAAUAAAUAUAACUCCUCGUGCAGAGAUCAAAUUUCCCUCAGGAUAAUGACCCUAAAUUCCAAUCGACUUGAGAAGACUAACACUUAAUCAAUUUUGUAUAAACUCGAUCAUUAACAGGUAAUAUUCGAAACACAGUUCGUACCGUCGAACCCUUAUAUUCCAAGCUCCGUUUCGUCAACAAAAAAAAAAAAAAAAAAAAUGCCAACAAAUGUCGCGACCUCCUGUUUACCCAGGCGUUCAUUUUCCCCCUAACCCUGCUACCCCUUCCUCACCGUUUCUUUUCUCUUCUUCAUUUCGUCUUCGUCUAAACCAGCGAUCGUACGCGCGCAUCCGAUAUGCCAACCGAACUGUAAAAAAAAAAUUAAAAAAAAAAAAUAUGAAAAAACGCUGCUCUCUAUCACGACUAUGUAGAACGACUUAUUGUAAUAUAACAAAAUAAAUUAUUAUGUAUGUUGACAUUUCGGAGAUGUUCCGCGUGAGCGUGGUGAUAACGGUGUUCACCGAAGACCGCCGUGCGUGUUCGAAUGGAAUGAUAAGGAUGGAAUUGUACGUUCGUUGUGACGCUCAAAAGGGAUGACGGUGAAACGAUGAUGGCUAUUGUAGUUAGUUGCGGCCGCGUGGCAAUGAACCAUGGCCACACGGUGUGGAAGUAACGAACAAAAGACAUUUUAAUCAGCGUUGUUCGCUGAGUCAGCGUGGUUGUUUAGCGAUAAUUACUCGAGAAGCCGUACUUGUCGUAAUUUUUUAUACUGUAACAUUUUGUUGCGUAAAAGACGGAAUGACUUUAGUGAAGUCGACAGUGCAAUCGUUACGAGUUUUAGCGUUAAUUUAAGAGGAUCGAAAUAGAGAUUUAAACAAAAAAAAAAAAAAAAGAAGUUUACCUUGCUUAUACGAGAGAGAGAGAGAGAGAAGAGGAUAAGAGAGGCGUUGUUUCUGUACGUGAGAGUAUGUAACAUUAUCGAAGGGAAUCGCUAUCUCUAUUGAUUUGUGGCGGCGUUGUUUCGUGAUUGUUAACUUAUUUGCCGGCUUAUCGUUUCUCUUUAUUUGAUCGUUACUCGCGCGUUGAGAUUUCUGUUUUCGGUACCGUUUAAUCGUCAAUGUUUAUACAUAUCAUGUAUUUUCGUCCGGCAAGAAUGAUAUCACUGCCUUACGGAAGAAUCUAAUCAGCGAUUUAUUCGCUUAGACUUUUUAUUCGCGGCAUGCGUCCACAUUUCUGUGCGUAACUGCUUUCAGUUGAGAAAUGUUCGACGAAUGCAGACACAAUUUUCAAAGAGAAAGUUAAAAACAAUAUAUAUAUAAAUAUAUAUAUAUAUAUAUAUAUAAUGAUAUGUAUAUGUAUAUUUAUUGCUAGAGGUAGCGAAUUCUUUCAGAGAGAUUAUUAUGUUUUGUUGUAAAUUGAUGAAUUGUUUUUUGACGAGUACACGUGUAAAUACAAUUUAUGUGCUGUAAGAUCCACCUGUUGAAUAAUUCUAUUCAUAAUUUUUCGGAAAUUUCUACGAAGUUUAUUUUCGUUGAAAGAACAUUGUAAGGCAGUGACUUAAGCACUAAAAUAUAUGCAUAACAUCUCCAUCUUGAUAAAAACGAAACCUUGUAAUUCUUACAGUAAACCCUCGACAGUUCAUUAAAAUUAUAUCCUGAAUCGAAUUUAUUUCUCGCUACAUUCGUACAAUAUUCUUUUGAUAAAUCGUGACUGGCUAUAAUUAUUAAUACGUAUGUUUGCUACAACUUUCCCCUAUGCAAUUUGGUCGAUAUAAUUUACCGUUUCGUUCAAAUAAUUAUUGUGAAAAUAUUGUUGAAAUUCAAAAUUGUGUUUCUAUCGAAUCGUUACUAUCAGAUGAUCGGCAAAUUUCAUUUGAAUUGCUGUGUUUUAACUUUAUUUUGGUAAUUUCGAUUAAUUCAGUCGCUUGGAACGAUAUCAAAAAUGUUUAAUAAUAGAAAUCAAAGUACUUAAAAUUGGAUGAAAAUCAGCUUCUGCCAAGUAGCGAUGUUCCGUACAUAAAUACGUGAAUAACAAAAAAAAAGUAUCGCGCGCAAGAAAUACUCUAUAUAAGAAAAGUACUUAUUCGAGUUACGUAAUUCAAAAACUAGACGAAAGCGGUGCAUACGGAAAUUUGCCUUACAAAAUUGUUCUUCAAAAAUAUAUAAAGAGAUAAGUUCAGGUGUAAGGAUCAUAAGACUGAUAAUAAAUUUGCUUGUUCUAUUCUAUUGUUCGAGUAAACAAUAGACUUGAAUUAAAUUUCAUAGAAGUAUCUGUAGGCAUUCGCAAUUCGCUACUCUUUAUUUGAAAAUUCAUAAUGUAAUUUAAAAAUAAAAAAAAAAAACAAUACACCUGAACCUUUGUAAAAGUUAUAAAGUUUUAUUCGUUAUCUUAUUUCUAGUACUUUCUUGCUUUUUGUUCCCAAAAUAUCAAAAGUUAUAAUCCAUAUAAUCCUUGGGAUUUUAUAAUCCAUAAAACAAAAUUUUCUUUUAAACAAUAGAAUAAUAACAUUUCCCUCAAUAUUAUUGUCCAGAAAAUCAAAUAAAUAUAUAAUGCCUAUUGAUACAAAAUUGUUAUUGCCUAAAAGUGUAACUAAGAGUAUUUUCGAAAUUUAAAUAAUUGCUUCAUUGAUCUAUAUACUAAUAAUUAGGCAAACUGUUUUGUAUAUCAAAAUGUUUUGUUUCAAUACCAUAAAAAUUUUGUGAUUUGAAAUGAAACUAAUCUGAAUAAUUUAUGAAGUAUUGUUCAGCACUAUCAUACAAGACUAACAAUAACCACUUAAUACUAAUUUGUGUUACAAUACUUUAAUGACUGCAUGUUUCGCAUGCAUAUUUCAGAUAUGGCUUAAGGAAAGUACCCACUAAAUUACAUAUAUAUUCAUAAGAAAAUACUAUAUGCAUAUCCUGAAAGAUUUCCUCAAUGAAACUUAUAGUAAUUGUUGAUAAUGAUUUCUAAUUAGGCAUAUUAUAUAACAGAAGAUUAGUCACAGCAAACCUACAAACCCAAUCUGAAUCUUUGUUAUCUUCAGCCUUCAUAAAUUGUUUUUAUAAAUUCUCUGAAUUACUUCUCAAUAGUUUGUUCUUUUACGGAUCUUUUACUUAUAUGUUGAUGCCAAUUCUGUCUCAAGUAUUUCAAGAUAUAACGUAUGUUCUCUACAUCAAUCUGGGUUAGGUUAGGAAUUCUUGAAUAAGAAAAUUUAGUAACUAAUCUUCAUUUUCAAUGAAAAUUUGAUAAUUUUUAAAUUCAAUGCGUGAAAUUACGGAGAAAAACAAUUAAAUACUUCACCAGUCCAAUUUUAAAGAAGACCACGACAAUUAUUUUUUGACAAGAAACAUAUUGGCUAAAUAUUCUCAACAUUCAUUAAAGCUUUGUAAUAUUACUACCAUUUAAAUUCGUUUUCAUCUAAUCUAAUCAUCAUCCUUUAAUUCAAUUCCACUGUAAUCAUAGUACGUUUGACAUUUCACAAAUAGGUUAUGUCUCCCGACGAUCUAAACACACUCUUUACUAACAUACUUCCCAAUGUUUUCCUUUGGUCCCCAAAAUUCUAUAACAUCUCUUACUGUUUCUCCUUUCGUACAUGAAUAAAUUAAAAUUCUGUUCUACCACGGUGCCAAUAAAACGCUUGACAUUUCGCAAGUAUCAGGUUAUGUUUUCCAAAGCAACCAACUCUCUUUGUGUACUUCAUGCUCAAGUUCGAUGUUCGAUAUAUUGACCUCGAGUUAAGCAAGCUCAAUCGUCAUUGGCGCCCGUUGUUACUCGUUCGCGUAUACGUUUUCGCUGAUACGCGGCUAUAUAAAAGACGGCCAAACAAAAUUCAAAAGUAAACCACAAGUGAACGCGACACGAUAGUACACGCGACGAGACACAUUUCUCGUAUCGUGUAAAAAGCAUUUACCUUCGGAGUGGAACGAUCGCGGACACGAACCCAACCAUGAUUUGGCGAUUUGCGAUCCUCGUCGCUCUUUCGAUCUUGACAAUCGA